AUGUUCUCGUCGGCUCCUUUGGAGAGUAGUUCACGACCUGUGGACGAGAAUGGGACGAAAAAGGGCGCGAUAUUGUCCUCGACUUUAUCGCCUCCCGGUGGGUCGUCGUCGUCGAGCUGCGAGACCUCGUUUGGGAAAAGCAUCGCGCCGGCGAUAACGGCGACGAAAUUGGAACAAAUCUCGUUGGCGGAAAAAGAAGAAGACGAAGACGAAGAAACAGAGAAUAGGAUGAUGUGUUAUUCAGAAGAAGAAGAAGAAGAAGAAGACGGGAUGACGGGGUCGACGUCGGACGAGGAAGAUUUGGAGGCGAAUUUACCUCCUUUGAGCGCGGAAACGGACCCGUUGGUUGUCUUGAAGAGAAUAUCUUUCGGGUGGCAGUUCGCUUUGGUUGAUUUCGCUCUGUUUAAGAGAGUCGGCGGGGGGAGGUAUUCGGCGGUGUAUCACGCGAAGUAUAAGCGGUUAGGGAUGGAUAUGGCGUUGAAGAGGUACGUGAAGGAACGAUUGCAGCCACACUCGAUGGAGCAAAUCGCGAGAGAGAUUGCGAUUCAUUCGCAGAUGCAACACGCGAGCAUAGCGCCGUUUUACGGAGCGUUUUUGGACGACCACACCGGGGAUAUCUAUUUGAUUCACGAGUUUGCGCAGAGAGGUGAUGUGUUUCACGCGCUGAACGCGACGACGUUUGGGAGGUUUUCGGAAACGAGAGCGGCGAGAGAGGUUAUCAAGCCGCUGGUGAACGCGGUGGUGUAUUUGCAUCAAAGAGGCGUCGUGCAUCGAGACAUUAAACCGGAAAAUAUUCUCGUCGCCGAAGCCGGGUCGACGAUGGUGAUGAAUGGGGGUUUACAGGCGAGAGAAACGACGACGAUGCAGAACAAUCGAGCGUACGCGAGACACACGGCAAAAUUGACGGAUUUUGGUUUCGCGUGCGAUUUGAACGUGCACAAGCCGUUGGCGAGAUUAGGCACGACGGAUUACAUGGCGCCGGAAGUGGUGGCGUGCAAUCGCGAGAGGCGCGAAGAGUUGCAACAAAGGAACGAAAGUGGUUACGGCGCGGCGGUAGAUAAUUGGGCGAUUGGUGUUUUGACGUACGAAUUAUUGGUUGGUAUUCCUCCGUUUGCGGGGCCGAACAGUCCGAACAGAGAAGACACGUACGAGAGGAUUUUGAAAGGUUCGUAUUCAAAGAUUCCGAGUUUUGUCAGCGACAAGGCGAAGGAUUUUAUCGCGAGGUGUUUGGAAGUAGAUCCGGAGAAAAGAGCGACGGCGGAAGAGUUGUUAGAGCACGAGUGGUUAGUUUCGAGGACGAUGGUGAGACUCGGCGGUAGUAGCGCGCCGAUAUCGCCGACAUCGACCGACGCGAAGACGACGGUAAAAUCGACAAAAGCGGAGAAAGAAGAAGGUGAAACGACUGCCACCGCCCCUUCGCGAAAGACUAUUCCGAACGAGGGUGAGAAAGGGACGACGAGCGUUGGUGAUACGACAUCAGAUGGCAACGGCGCCGUGAUUAAGAUUCUCAAAGAACAGAUAAAAAUUGCAAACGAAAUCAAUAAUAAUGCCGUCGGGUCGACGAGUCACGAGAUUGAAGAAAUCGUCGAAGAAGAGGAAGCAGAAAAUGAUACCAAGAAUAAGAAGAAGCAAAGCGUUGGAAGCGAAGAUGACCCGUGGAGUACUUCGGAUGAAUCGUUAGAAAAUGAAGAAAACUACGUUCGCGAGUUGGCCUCAAUCGCCGCCGGUCGAUCGGCUUCAAUCGCGAUUGCGGGUAUUUCAGGAAGCACGCACAACGCGGGUGGCGGUGGUGUAUACUCGACACACGUCCCAACCAGUCAACUGUCGUUGAUGAAAGAGAAAGCCGCCGCGGCGGCGCCUAUUUCGCCCUUGAAGCACCCAAUGAAAGCGCCUCUGCCACCUCCUUCGCCUUCAACAAAGAAGAGUUCGGACAACACCGUGGAAGGCUUGGGAUUCGGCGCUCAGAAAAUCGAUUUAGCCGGGUUAGCCGCCUUACGCGCGCGCUACGCCGGAGAAGAGUACGAAAGCAACACCGGCACACCCGCGCGGUCUUCGUUCGACGGAAAGCUACAAAAAGAGCAGAGUACAAGGAAAACAAUAAAGACGGGUGACAUUCCUUCGUCGCCUUCCAUCUCGAUGUUUGGCAAACUCAUGCAAAGGUCGCAAUCCGCGAUUGCGACGAAAUCGUUCAAUCACCCGGAAGCGGCGAAUGGUAGUGAUAGCGCCGCUUCUCCGCGAAAGAAAAAGUCAAUGACAUCAUCAUCCUCUGGAAAGAGUGUGAAUAUUGAUGUCCAACGUUCCUCGCAAUCCUUCUUGCAACGCAUGCGAGGAUCGUUGUUCUCUUCGAGACGGGUGCGAAAUUUGACGGGCGCGACGAACGAUGGCCAAAGCGAGUUUGACGACAGAAAUAUCAAGACUUAG